AGACAUACGUGCGGGUGGAUGCAGCGUUUGUGCCACUGCACGGGUCGCUGGACACGAGCAUCAUCACGCCACACCUGCGCGGGCUGGGCGCCAUGGGUCAGCCCUGCGCCAUCUCGCUGCAUGACGCCAUCGGAUCCCUCAUCAACCGCCCCGUCUGCAAGAUAGGAGCGACGUCGGGCGUGACGCACGGGCGCAUAAUGGGGUAUGCGGUGGAAUAUAACGACAAUCGCAGCCGUACGCUUUUCACCGACUUUCUCAUUCUCGGCGAGCAAGGGCAGCCGUUCGAUCAGGAGGGCGACAGCGGCAGCCUCAUCCUGGCAAUGCCGAACCGUGAGGGGGAUUCGAUGGACGGCCGUGAUCGCACGGAUGGCGACAAUGUGCUUCGGCCAAUCGGCGUGAUUUGGGGGGGCACAGCGAAUCGCGGGCGGCUGAAACUGCGGCGGGGACAUGUUCCGGAGAACUGGACAAGUGCGGUGGAUGUGGGGAGAUUAUUGCGACUGCUUGACUUGCGAAUGAUCACGACAUCGGAAGAAUUGAGAGCAGCAGCAGCAGCAGCAGCGGGAGCAGCAGCCGUCGCAGCAGCAGCAGCAGCAGCAGCAGCAGCAGCAGCAGCAGCAGCAGCAGCAGCAGCAGCAGCAGCAGCAGCAGCAGCAGCAGCAGCAGCAGCAGCAGCAGCAGCAGCAGCAGCAGCAGCAGCAGCAGCAGCAGCAGCAGCAGCAGCAGCAGCAGCAGCAGCAGCAGCAGCAGCAGCAGCAGCAGCAGCGGCAGCAGCAGCAGCCGCAGCAGCCGGAGCAGCCUCCGGCCCCUUCUCCUUCAUCUCCCUCUCCUCUUACCCACUCUUGGGCCUCUCGUCCUCCUCGUGCUCGUCCCUCGUCACCUGUCACUGA